AUUGAAAUGGAAAACAAUGAAACAGUUACCUACUUUAACGACUCCAGAACGGUUUGAAUUGCAAUUUUGUGCAAAACGUGAAAAUAAAGCCGCUUAGAAAAUUUCAACUUAGAAUGAGAUUUCAUAAAAGUCUGCCGCAAAUUAUUAAUACCUCUAUUUGUUCCAUUACGUUGUUACUUUUACUCUUCAUUCUUGAUCAUAGGCUUUGCGCAUGUGCCAAAACUUUUCGUUGGGAACUAUCCCAGCUGCAUUGUGCGAAGGGGCACAUUAGAGUGGAGAUUUUGCUGCUUACCUCAGAUUCAGGCGAGGCACCAUUGCUGCAACAGCCGCACACUCACAACAACAACAUCUCACACUUACUGCCACAGUCUGUCUAUUGGCAGAAUAUUCGCAUCCACCAUGAUGAUGACCCAUUAGAGAGGUGCCAGCCAUUGUUUAAUUCGAAAGGAUUCAUGUUUAAGAUUCCACUCAGCGAUUUGUACAAAUGUGGAUUUACACAGCUUGUAAACAAAUUGUCGAACGAUGUUAUUUUCUAUCAAAAUCUUGUUCUUGAACAACCUCAUCGAAACCAAACGUUUGCCAUCAAAUGCUUGUACAAAAAGCCUGAUUUCGCACAUCAGCUAAAGCUUAAAAGGUCAAGGAGAGAUGUCCUUCCAGAGGAUUUUCAAGAAGAUGACGAUUUAGAUGUCAUUGACACUUUGCAAGAAAAUGCCCCAGAACCCCAAAUUUCCAUGGAGGUGCGACAAAAUGGACAACUUAUAGACGAAAUGGUAACUGUGAUACCUGGAACUCCCUUAAUUAUGGAAAUCAAACUUAAUCAGCAGGCUACCAAUAUUUAUGGAAUGCAUACAAAAUACCUAGAAGUUUCAGAUGGCAAUGCCACCUCGGAGACAAUAUUAUUUAGAGGAUGCACAGUGGACCCCUAUCUCUUUGAAAAUUUCAUUGUGAAUCCUAACAACACUUUGCAAGCCAAAUUUCGUGCUUUUAAAUUCCCCAAUACAGCGUUUGUAAAAUUUCGUGCCAAUAUUCAGAUAUGCCUAAAGAAGUGUCAAAGUCCACAUUGUCUAAGUGGUCAAGGACGAUCCAGAAGAGAUUUAAUUGAUGAAAAAUCCCAUUUGUAUGAAGCCUCUUUGGGUUUAUUUAUGAAAGUUGAUGGCUGGGACAUAAGAAAAAUUGAUGAAAUAAGAAAAAUUGAAAAACAUGUUCAAUUGCUAAUAAACAAUGAAUAAGUGAACGAUAUAAGAAAAAAAGUUGUUAUUUUAUGUUUUCUUUCUCAGGUUCGCCCCUGCAAAGGCGCUCAGUUCGAAUUCGGAAAACUCUAUGAAUAGAGAUAAGUCGGGAUUCACAAAAAACAUAGACAAAAUCUGUUUUUAUUAACAAACCAGUAAGGAAGGGUAAAAGUCGGGUGCCGACUUUAUAAUACCCUGCACGUACCCUAUAAGUGCAAUGUGGGGCUAUAUCCAAUUCUAAACCUAUUUUGAUGGACCUUGGCGGAUGUUAUCAGAUGGGUUAUUAAACAAUCCGGAUCACAUUUCGAGCAUAUGUUCAAACUUUAAUAACUACGGUUGACAAA